AAUGUCAACACUUCUUCAAUCUGGAACAAGCGCAGCACGCCAAACAAAACCAGUACAAAACUCAGAGAACAUACAGAAAAAAUCAAGCCACGAACAUGUGCUUCCACUUUUAUAUCCACUACUUUCUCCUGUUGCUACUACUAAAUCAAUCUCAUCUUGGAGCAAGCCAGUUAGAUCUUAACUAUUACUCAGAUUCUUGUCCGAAUGCUGAAACUAUUGUUAAAGAAGAGGUGACUAAAUUGUACCAUAAGCAUGGAAAUACAGCCGUUUCAUGGGUCAGAAAUCUCUUCCAUGAUUGCAUGGUUAAGUCAUGCGAUGCUUCAAUUUUAUUGGAUGAAGAUCAAACAAGUGGUAUAGAGUCCGAAAAAUUAUCAUCCAGGAAUUUUGGAAUGAGAAACUUCAAAUAUAUUAACACAAUCAAAGAAGCACUUGAAAAUGAAUGUCCAGCAACAGUAUCUUGCGCCGAUAUUGUGGCUCUUUCAGCUAGAGAUGGUGUUGAACUGUUAGGAGGGCCACGCAUAGAAAUGAAGACAGGCCGAAAGGAUAGUCGAGAAAGCUAUGCAGCAGUAGUGGAGGAUUUUCUUCCAAACCACAACGAUACUAUCUCACUUGUUUUAUCGCGAUUCCAAGCCAUUGGGGUCGACCAAGAAGGCACGGUUGCUCUUUUAGGAGCUCAUUCAGUCGGAAGAGUACAUUGUGUGAACCUAGUAAAUCGACUCUAUCCAACGGUUGAUCCAACUCUAGACCCUGAUUAUGCUGAAUAUCUGAAAAGAAGAUGUCCAACACCAGACCCUGAUCCAAAUGCGGUUGAAUACGCAAGAAAUGAUCUCGAAACGCCCAUGGUGCUAGAUAACAUGUUCUACAAGCAUUUAUUAAGCCAUGAGGGGCUACUACUAGUUGAUCAGCAACUAGCCUCAGAUCCUUCAACUUUGCCUUUUGUUGAAAACAUGGCAGCUGAUAAUACUUACUUUCAUGACCAAUUUGCCAGAGCCAUGAUUAUAAUGUCUGAGAAUAAUCCUCUUAUUGGUGACCAAGGCGAAAUUCGGACCCAUUGUAGCCGGCUGAAUGCUAGUUAAACAACGGUUUUUGGGUAGUACAUGCAUCUUUAGGUGUAUGAAAUACAUGUAUAUGCUUCAAUGAGCUUGUUAUAUGGGCUUUGUGGUUGAAAGCUAAGGUAUCUUCUGCACCCGUAUGGCAAACUCAAUGCUAACGAAGGUAAAGUAAUUAAGCCCUUGAGGAAGGGUAAACUUGUAAUUGUAAGUUUAUUUAUCACAAGAAUUUUCUAAGCA